AAUCCAGACCUAUUUCCUUUCACCCCAGCAAAAAUCAAUCCCAUUUCUCUUCAACAUGGGUUCUCAAUCUCUCAUGAAAGUACCAGUCCUUGAUUUCUCAGGAGUCUUGAAGCCAGGAACUGAGAGAUGGAAAACGCUGACACGAGAUGUGCGAGAAGCUGUUGAAGGCCUAGGGUGUUUCGAGGCCGUGUACGAUACCAACUUCCCGGAUUCUCUGCAGAAGGAAUUCUUCUCUGCUAUGAAGGAACUCUUUGAUCUUCCCCUGGAAACGAAGAUGAAGAACCAAUCUGAGGUUCUUGCCCAUGGAUAUUGGGCGCCCAAAUCACAUGCUCCUUUAUAUGAAGCCACUAGCAUCAACCAUGCCGAGCAGUUGGAGAACAUUGAGCAGUUUACCAACCUCAUGUGGCCCCAAGGACACCCCAAGUUCAACGAGACGGUAAAGACAGCAACAAAGAAGAUAAUAGGGGUUUCUAGACUAAUUCGAAUAAUGGUUUUGGAGAGUUAUGGUGUGGAGAAAUACAAUGAUGACCUUGAGAGAACCACAAAUUAUCAUUUUCGCAUGAUGAAGUACACGGCCCCCAAAGGAGACAACCAAGUGAAGGGCUUGCAUGAUCACUCUGACAAGAACAUGAUGACCAUACUGUGCCAAGACCAAGUCGGUGGUCUCGAGGUGCAAUUUAAAGAUGGAUCCUGGUCACCAGUGGUGCCCUCGGGAGGCUCUCUAGUUAUCACCAUAGGUGAUACUUUCAUGGUUGGUCUCGUUGUCUCUCUUAAUACAUAGGAAUUGUCAAUAUUUCAUGAUACUUAAAAGU